AUGAAUAUGGACAUUCUUAGUUGGAAUUGCAGAGGGAUUUGCAAUGAUUCAACAAAGAGGGCGCUGAAAGAUCUUAUCUCUCAGAAUCAUCCUCAAAUUGAGUUUCUCUGUGAGACAAAGAUAAGUCGAAUGGUGGAUUUUAUGGAUCUGCAUCGCGCUAUUGGUUUUCAGCAGUACAAGGUGGUGCUGAGUGAAGGGAAUUCUAGGGGAUUGGCGAUGUUUUGGAACGAGGAUGUGAGUAUUGUGCCUUGUUCCUCCUCUGCGCAUCCUAUAGAUCUUGUUAUUUUUGGAAAUCUUGGUGAACCACAAUGGCGACUGACAGGUUUUUAUGGAUAUGCACAACCUAGAGAGCGAGAUCGUUCAUGGGAGUUGUUAUGUACUCUACGCGAUCUAGAUUCACUGCCAUGGGUCGUCAUUGGAGAAUUUAAAGAGAUACUGAACAGUAGUGAGAAGAUCGAUGGGCAGGUUAGGGCUGAAAGGCAAAUGAGGGGAUUUCGUGAGGCACUCGGCUAUGGUGAUCUGCUUGAUCUCGGAUUUCAUGGCCCAAUGUGUACUUGGUGGAAUUCAGAAACGCAGUUGCAUUUAGACAGGGUUGUGUGUACUCCGUCAUGGUGCAACAUCUUUGGCCAUGCUAGGGUGCGUCAUCUUCCUCCCAGAGAUUCAGACCAUGCUCCUAUAUUGCUGCAGGCGAGCUCGUCGUUCCUCUUCCUCUCUCGUGUGAGGUCAUUCAACUCAGAUGCUUUCAAUUCAAUAGCGAGGUCAUUCGUGCGAGUUUCGUUCUGUCCGAGCGCAAUUUCGAUUCAACUCGGAUGCUUUCUCUUCUCUGCUGAUAGAGAGUUCGCGUCUUGGAUUGGUGCAGGCCUCUGGCCUCACAGGUGUGCGUCUAGUGUGACCGGACAGGUUACUGUUGGAGGUGAUUGGGAUGGAGAUCGGAGACUGGGGCGUUGGGAUUUCAAUCUGUUUGGUUUUUAUUUGAUGACGGUGGCUGCACGGAGACUGGGUGAGCGGAAGAUGGUGGUGACUGGGUGUGUGGCGGCGGUUGGGGAUUAG